ACGACACGGACGCGAUUAUCUUAACUGUUUUGAGCGCCUAAUGGAAAGUUUUAGUUACCUCAACAAGUGAAAAUCAGAUAACCCAAAUAUACAAAAUCGUUUCAUAAAUUGAAUUUAACUCAAAUCACAAUUAUUAAUUUUAUUGAUAUAAACAAAUAUUUAUUUGAAUGUUAUAAGCAAAUUACACAAAAAUGCAGGCUAAUAAGCUGCCGACAAAUCCGCGCGAAUCUGCGGGGAUUUUUUCCGCUCUAAUGUUUUGCUUCGCUUUGCCGAUACUUUUCAAGGGCAGAAAAAAGACCUUGGAACCCACAGAUCUCUACAAGGCUUUAAGCGGACACAAAGCGGAUACUUUGGGGGAUAUAUUCUUUGAAACUUGGCUGGCAGAAGUCAAGUCAUGUCAGGAUAAACCUAAAAAAGAACCAAGCAUUAUAAAGGUUCUUAUAAAAGUAUUUGGAUGGCAACUGCUGUUAUCAGGCUUAAUUAUUGGAGUUCUCGAGUUGGGAACAAGAGCUACUUUACCACUUAUUCUGGGAGCUCAGAUAUCCGAAUUUACAAAAAAUGGAAAUGGAGAUGGGCUACAGGCUCAAAUCUAUGGAUUAAACCUGAUUUUGAUUACGUUAAUUGGAGUUUUGAUGUUCCAUCCCUUUAUGAUGGGUAUGAUGCAUCUGGCCAUGAAAAUGCGAGUGGCGGUGAGUACUGCUAUAUAUCGAAAGGCCCUCCGAUUGAGUCGCACUGCUUUGGGCGAUACUACAACGGGUCAGGUGGUUAAUCUGAUAUCCAACGAUCUAGGAAGAUUUGAUCGUGCUUUGAUACACUUCCACUAUCUGUGGCUGGGACCGCUGGAGUUGCUCAUAUCUUCGUACUUCCUGUACCAACAAAUUGGCAUUGCUUCUCUUUACGGCAUAGGAAUACUUCUUCUAUAUCUGCCUUUUCAAACCUAUUUGAGCCGACUCACUUCCAGGCUGAGACAUAAAACAGCCCUAAGAACUGAUCAGAGGGUGAGGAUGAUGAAUGAGAUUAUAACUGGUAUACAAGUGAUAAAGAUGUACACAUGGGAGAAGCCGUUUGGCAGGCUAAUCGAGAAAUUGCGUCGCAGUGAAAUGAGCUCCAUUCGCAAGGUGAACUUUAUUCGAGGUACUCUUCUAUCCUUCGAGAUAACUCUGGGUAGGAUUGCGAUAUUCGUAAGUCUGCUGGGGUUCGUCCUGAUGGGCGGUGAAUUGACUGCAGAGAGGGCAUUCUCCGUCACGGCUUUCUACAAUGUCCUGAGACGUACAGUGAGCAAAUUCUUCCCCAGUGGAAUGUCUCAAUUUGCGGAACUAUUGGUUACCCUGAGGAGAAUCAAAGGUUUUCUGAUGAGAGAUGAAACUGGAGUUCAGAAACUCGGACAUGGAGAAAAAAUUAACCUUUUUAAAGAGGAACCCUUAGUGGAACUGCAAUCCUUUCAAGCGCGUUGGAAUCAGGAUCACGCUGAACCUGCUUUGGAUAAUAUUAAUAUCAGUCUGAAGCCACCGCAAUUGGUGGCUGUCAUUGGGCCAGUGGGUUCCGGCAAAUCCAGCCUGAUACAAGCUAUUUUAGGAGAACUUUCUGCUGAAUCUGGAAUGCUAAACGUGCAAGGAAAAAUCUCGUAUGCCUCACAGGAACCCUGGCUUUUUAAUGCCUCCGUUAGAGAUAAUAUUAUCUUUGGAUUACCCAUGGACAAGCACCGAUAUCGUACUGUCGUUAAAAAAUGUGCUUUGGAAAGAGAUUUUGAACUAAUCCAGGGAGAUCGCACUUUUGUGGGUGAAAGAGGAGCUUCCUUGUCUGGAGGUCAAAGAGCCAGGAUCAGUUUAGCCAGAGCUGUUUAUCGCCAAGCGGAUACCUAUCUCCUCGAUGAUCCUUUGAGUGCAGUGGAUACUCACGUUGGGCGCCAUUUAUUUGAGGACUGCAUGCGUGGCUUCCUUAGGGAUAAAUUAGUUAUCCUGGUGACCCACCAACUGCAAUUUCUGGAGCACGCCGAUCUGAUUGUUAUUAUGGACAAGGGAAAAAUAACAGCCAUUGGCACAUAUGAGGAGAUGCUGAAAAGUGGUCAGGAUUUUGCAAAACUUUUGGCUAAGGAGACCCAGGAGGACAAAGAAGAUUUUGAUCAGGAUAACGCAGCUGGUGAUACCAAAACGGAUAAAUCGAAUUACUCCCGCCAAAAUAGUCGAGUUAGUAGAGCCAGUGUGACUUCAGUGGAUUCCGGCACGGAAUCUGUAAUGGAAGAUGAAAGACAACCUGCCCAAGAAACUCGUUCCACGGGACAAAUUGGCUUGGGCGUGUAUCGGAAAUAUUUCUCCGCCGGUUCUGGAUGGUUCAUAAUUGUCCUAGUUGCCUUUUUCUGCCUGGGCACUCAGGUUCUCGCUUCUGGUGGGGACUAUUUCCUGUCCUACUGGGUUAAAAACAACAAUUCCUCGUCUUCUCUGGAUAUAUAUAUCUUUAGCGCAAUCAAUAUAGCUCUAGUGAUCUUCGCACUGCUUCGAACCGUACUAUUUUUCAGCAUGGCAAUGCACUCAUCAACCCAGUUGCAUAAUUCCAUGUUCCAAGGGGUUUCCCGAACUGCCUUGUAUUUCUUUCAUGCGAAUCCCUCAGGAAGAAUACUCAAUCGUUUUGCAAUGGAUCUGGGGCAAGUAGAUGAAAUCCUGCCCGCCGUAAUGCUGGACUGCAUACAGAUAUUUCUGACAAUUAGUGGAAUUAUAGGGGUUUUGUGCAUCACAAAUCCCUGGUAUUUGGUUAAUACAAUGACCAUGUUUCUGGCUUUUCAUUAUCUUCGAAAAUUCUAUCUGAGUACUUCGAGAGAUGUGAAGAGAUUAGAGGCCGUGGCCAGAUCGCCAAUGUAUUCGCAUUUUAGUGCCACUUUAAAUGGUCUGCCCACCAUCAGGGCUUUGGGUGCCCAGGAAUUGGUGACCAAAGAGUAUGACAACUACCAGGAUCUCCAUAGUUCGGGAUACUAUACAUUCCUGUCGACAAGUCGCGCUUUUGGUUACUAUCUGGAUCUGUUUUGCGUCGCCUACGUUAUAUCUGUAACAAUAAUGAGUUACUUUAAUCCCCCGCUAGAGAAUCCCGGUCAGAUUGGUUUGGCCAUCACACAAGCUAUGUCUAUGACUGGCACUGUACAGUGGGGUAUGCGACAAUCGGCUGAGUUGGAGAAUUCCAUGACUUCUGUGGAAAGAGUGCUGGAAUAUAAAAACCUGGAAUCGGAAGGAGAAUUCGAAUCCCCAGCAGAUAAGAAGCCACCCAAAACUUGGCCACAAGAUGGUCAGAUUAAAGCGGAAGAACUUAGUCUGCGCUACAACCCCGAUCCCAAGACUGAUAAGGUGCUAAAUUCACUUCAUUUUGUUAUUCAGCCAAGUGAAAAAAUCGGCAUUGUCGGAAGAACGGGUGCCGGAAAAUCCUCUCUAAUAAAUGCCCUGUUCAGACUGUCCUACAACGAUGGAUCAAUGGUCAUAGAUAGCAGGGACAUAGCCGGAAUGGGCCUGCACGAUUUGCGCAGCAAGAUCUCUAUAAUUCCCCAGGAACCCGUACUGUUUUCUGGCACCCUGCGCUAUAACCUGGAUCCCUUUGAACAGUAUCCAGACGAUAAGUUGUGGGAGGCCCUAGAAGAGGUUCAUCUCAAGGAAGAGGUAUCUGAGUUGCCUAAGGGUCUUGAAAGUAUGAUCGCGGAAGGAGGGGCCAACUACAGUGUGGGUCAACGGCAGUUGGUCUGUUUGGCCAGGGCAAUUCUCCGCGAAAAUCGCAUCCUGGUGAUGGACGAGGCCACGGCAAAUGUUGAUCCGCAAACGGACGCCCUUAUACAGUCCACCAUCCGUAAAAAGUUCAAAGACUGCACCGUAUUGACCAUAGCUCAUAGGUUAAACACUAUAAUUGAUUCCGAUAAGGUCAUGGUUUUGGAUGCAGGUAAUAUGGUGGAAUUUGGUACACCAUAUAAUCUUUUAACGCAAUCGCGGAGCAAAAUCUUUUACGGAAUGGUCUUGGAUACAGGUCGAUCCAGUUUUGAGCACCUUCUCAAGCUGGCACACCAAGCCCAACAGAGCAAACUGCACAGGAAACCGGAGUAAAACCUAAGCAAAACCAAAAAAAAUUUAAUUUAAAACAAGAAAGGAAGCAAAUUUAAAUAGAACUAAAAUCGUAAUUCCGAUCUGUCAAAUUAUUAAUAAGUCAAA